GAAGCUAGUGACGACCAUCCCUCCUUGCCGCACGACAAUUCGACAGUGUUGGCUCACAAGAGACCGAAACAGGAGGAGAUGUUUUAGACCUCCGAAAAUAUUUUGCGCUGAUGUGUUAACAAUUUCAAGAGGAUAUAAGAGAGCUGGGAUCACGCAAACCGGGAACGAGCAGGAAGCGAAAAUAAACGGCAGUUUAUGUCACGGUUGGAAGUUUUGACGGAUUUCAAAACAGAGUGGAUUCUGUGAAUGUGAUUGUAAACACUGUUCUGGGGUUGACACGAAUUUAGGCUAAUUGCGUAGGACUGAAAGUUUCUGUAGGCUAAUAGCAAUUUUCCUUUUUCCAAUGGACACGCAUUUGGAGACUGCUUGCACACCAAGUAUGGAAUUACCCCUGUAAUGUGGAUUGCAAUUUCGUUUGAAGAAAAUAAAGGUCUACUCCAGAACAAUGUGAAAAGAUACCCGUCCUGGAUUCUAAUGUUUCUGGAUAUCUUGAAAAUUAUUGGCAACAGUUGAAAGAAAGUCGUUAUGCUCAACGGAUUUUUGCUCAGGUGUCUUGCCUGCUCCGACCGUGGGACCAAAAUGGAUUUGACGCCACUACAGACCCCGGUCCCCCUUUUACAGAAGUUCUAACAGUUCUUACACUUUGUUAUUACUGUUUUAAACUUUACAAAUGCUUUGGAAGAAAUCGCCAGACGACCCGCUUGGAUUUUAAAUCGACAAUUGCAUUUGGAAUUUCAAUCAUGAACUUUGUUGACAGUUUGAUAACAUUAUUUCUCCUGACACUUCUGUAUUUGUCAGCUGUCAAGGUAAGUUAUGUUAUAACAGACCCCGGGUCUAAAUGGACGUCAAGAAAUUGAUUAUAUUUGUGAAAUGUGGUCAACUGUAGGUCGUCCUUGUCACUCCCAUUACUAGGUCAUUACUCAUGUUUUAACAACCUCAAAAUGUUUCGUGGCUUCGGCGAUAUGUAAAUCGCAAUUACGCAAAACUGACACUACACCGACUUCACGCAGGCAGGCCUAUUUAGCCUACUGUCUGACGUGGUGGCUGAUGCGUUGUCAUUCACAGAGCUGGAAUAUGUAGGGCCUAAUGGUUUUGAACGAAUGUGAGGAAGUUUAGUCUCGUCUGGUGAUUGCGGGCCUGCUCAGAACCACCUUGGCAAAUUAUUACGCUUUAAAGGCGCAGCAGCGGCAUUUUGAAUUCAAAGAGAUAUGGCAACAGGUUCGCUGCCUGCACACUCGAUCCUGGCUUCAUUUUAGUCCGCAUUAUUAGAAUAGCCUAGGACUACCCACCCACCCACAUUUGAAAUUCUACAUUCUGACAAAUGGCGCAUUGGCUUCAUAUUUUAAAAAGGCUUUAAAACGACUUUAGACUUUACAAUGUAGACGUGGAAGUCUGUUGGUUUGCAAACCAUUAAUCAAGAUGUUGAAGCCUCCUCGUAACCUUUGAGCGAAAGUUUAGGGAAAAACAAAAACACCAACCAAUAGUUAUAGUAGACACUGGCCUGAAUAGGUUAAACUCCUGAAUGAUAUUGAAUUGGCAUAUAGGCCGACUUUCUCAGUAGCUGGGGCGGUCCAUAGGUUUCCAAUGGCUCAUAUAAGUUAUAGGCCUAGUAUGGAAAAUGUAUGCACCCACUAACUGUAAGUCGCUCUGGAUAAGAGCGUCUGCUAAAUGACUAAAAUGUAUCUAUUAGACCUUUUUAUAUUAUGAACACUAAAAUACAGUUUUACAACUAAUAGCCCACAAAGGCCUAUAGCUUUUAACCCUGCAGAGGUCCCGUGCCCAAGCAGCCCACCUCUCUUGAGUCUCUCCGGUGCCCCUACAACGGUCAACCCGUUAACUCCCUAGAGAGGAGUCAAGCGUUUUUUUUUUUUUAAACGUGCUCUUAUAAUCAACCCUGUGCAGUCAAAGCAACUGGUCGUAAUUAGUAAUAUCAUCACAUUGUCCAUGGGCAAGUGUUCGCAUCUUGACAUCCACCCCAUUAAUAACAGCAUUUAAGUGUUGCGGCCACUCGUAAACUCCAAUCGCCGGACAUUCACACCACCCAAGGGGCGGGGAUUGCCGCUGCCUGAAAAGAAACCGGGUCUAUUUUACUUUUGGCAGGGGUGAAAUGUUCACCGGUUGUUACAUUGUGUGCUUGCGUUGCUCCGACUAAAAACUCCAUAGUCCUCACAGAAAGCCACUAGGUAAUCCAUCUCCAGGCCUCAUGCAAUCCUGGGCAGCUAUUGCGCGAGUAUGUGUUUGCUUGCGUAAAGUGGAAAGAUGCCAGUCUCUAUGGGGCGACUGACAGCAAUCACCGUGGAGAAAUGUAGCAAACUGGGCUAGAUGCAGGUCAUUGUACCAACAGUUACCAAAUGUAGUCUCUGUUGAGUUGUGUAGUUUAAACUCAUAUAGAGAAUGAAAUUGUAACAUUUGCAAACAUAGGCCUAAAACAUCUUCACAGUGAAAGAUAAUGUAGCCUUGGCUAUGAAACAAAACAAACAAAGACACCGCGUGGUCUUUGACAGCGACCAACGUCAUAUCGUAUGUCUGCGCCACGUAGCCUCUUUGGUUGCAAAUUAGUAAAUGUGAACUGUAUGAAAUUCAUGAACGUAAGCCUACAAUUUAAUCUUCAAUUUGUGUGCCCCUUUUCCUUUCUCCCGCGCAGAGUGCCCACAUACCUAAGGAAGGAGGGAGGAGUGCGCAUGACGGCGGUAGGUGUUCGAUAGGGCACCGUGGGAAUAAGCUUUCAUUGGGCUCCAUCGUAGGCAAACUGCCAAUGAAACGGGGUUUGUGUGGUGCUCAUUGAGAGCACAGGGAGACCCACGCCGCCUGGCGGAAGGAAGCCUAACUGCACCGUGUCCUCAUGUUGGCUGAAGUAGGCUCCAACAUUGAAAUAAUAGUAAUACAUUUAAAACGGAGUGUUGUCCAUUUUCAUUAAUAAUCUCCACGAAUUCCAUUUGAAAUAUUGUUUGAGGUUAAGAUGUUGAAAUUAUUUUUUUAGAAUGGAAUUUAGUCUCUGGCCCUCUUGGCUUCUUUACACAAGCCUAUGUUGCACAAUAUUAGGAAAGGGGCUGCUCUCUCAAUCAAAAGCUGAACUUUAUAUGUGAUUGUUUCAUACUAUGCUUGAUUUGGCUGGAAUAGGACACUGCAGGGGGUGUGCUAUUAUUUCCAAUCAACCCCUUUCUCUCCAAGAGGAAUCAGAGUUCUCUGUAUGUGGUGUCUCAAUGUCUUUCCCAACAUGUGCACCACUAGGCUACAAUGUGUUUAGUGCUUCAAAGCAGAAGGUACCUAGCUUUGUGGGGCUGAGAGAGGGAGAAAAAGAGGAAGUCUGUACAAAAGCAUACCACAGCCACAGUGAGAGCGGAAGGGAGGGGGACACCUUGAUGGGUGAGAUAAUAAUAUAAUAUAGAUGUAAUGUAGCAGAUGAUUAUAUCCAUAGCAACUUACAGUAGUGCGUGCAUACAUAUGGUUGACCCAGUGUGGUUGACCCAGUGGGCGAUGGCGAUGCCGGUUGUUGAAGGAAAGUGUAUGUAUUAGACAUAUAUUUUGUAAUAAGUGUGUGUGUGUGUGCAUGUGCGUGGAGUAUGUACAGUGCCUUCAGAAAGUGUUCACACACCUGGACCUUUCCCACAUUUUGUUGUGUUACAAAGUGGGAUUAAAAUGGAUGUAAUUGUCAUUUUUUUGUCAACGAUCUACACAAAAUACUCAGUCAAAGUGGAAGAAAAAUGUGUAAAAUAAUUUUGAAAAAUAAAAUAAAACAAAUAUAUCUUGAUUUAGAUAAGUAUUCAGCCCCCUGAGUCAAUACAUGUUAGAAUAAUACAAGCAUACCCAUAACAUGAUGCAGCCACCACUAUGCUUGAAGAUAUGGAGAGUGGAACUCGGUAAUGUUUGGGGCAAAUUCAAGACAACACAUAACACUUUGUAUUCAGGACAAAAAGUUAAUUGCUUUGUCAUAUUUUUUGCAGUAUUACUUUAGUGCCUUGUUGCAAACAGGAUGCAUGUUUUGGAAUAUUUUUUUAUUCUGUACAGGCUUCCUUCUUUUCACUAUGUCAAUUAGGUUAGUAUUGUGGAGUAACUACAAUGUUGUUAAUAAUAAUAUGCCAUUUAGCAGACGCUUUUAUCCAAAGCGACUUAGUCAUUUGUGCAUACAUUUUUACGUAUGGGUGGUCCCGGGGAUCGAACCCACUACCCUGGCAUUACAAGCGCCAUGCUCUACCAAUUGAGCCAUCCUCUAUUUUCUCUUGUCACAGCCAUUAAACUCUGUAACUGUUUUAAUGUCACCAUUGGCCACAUGGUGAAAUCCCUGAGUGGUUUCCUUCCUCUCCGGCUACUGAGUUAGGAAGGACGCCUGUAUCUUUGUAGUGACUGGGUGUAUUGAUAAACCAUCCAAAGUGUAAUUCAUAACUUUACCAUGCUCAAAGGGCUGUUCAAUGUCUGCUUUUUUAUUUUAUUUUCACCCAUCUACCAAAAGGUGCCCUUCUUUGCGAGUCAUUGGAAAACAUCACUGGUCUUUGUGGUUGAAUCUGUGUUUGAAAUUCACUGCUCAACUGAGGGACCUUACAGAUAAUUGUAUGUGUGGGGUACAGAGAUGAGGUAGUCAUAAAAAAUUAAUGUUAAACACUAUUGCACACAGUAGCUAGGUUUCCAUCCAAUCAUGCACAUUUUAUAGAUUCCACAUAAUGAAAAUAUGCUCAUUUUCCCACCAGUGGCAUGUUUCCACCAAAUGGACUUGUUGCGGAUGAAAUAUGAGUGUGUGAUGAGGUAGUGCACACAAUGUACUUUUUCGCUUAUGUUUUCAUGUAAAGUUCCAUGUGUUUCAAUCGCAUUUUCAACUCUACCGAUAGUUUUGUUACAAAAACUGUUGUGUUAAAUAGCAAAUGUGCCUAAUCUGGUCUUGGCACAUGCGCUUUAGCCAACAGCUCGCAGAUACAGUGUGGAUAGGCUGUCUGGGUAGGCUAGUUUACAUGAUGAGAUUAUUAUGGAUAAAUAUUUUUUAUUUGUCAAACGGCAGUCGAGCAUCAAUCAUCAUGUCACCAGAAUAAGACCCUCGCUCUAAUAAUGACUCCAUAAUCCAUGCUUUCUGAGAAUGCUAUAAAGUCAAAAAGUUAUGGGUGGAGCUAGAAAGUUGGCUGUCAGAAGUAUUACAAUGUAAACUUACUUUAAAGGUCCCACCAUGUAGGACGAACAAAUUAUCUGUCGGCAUUUAUAAAAUUACACCAAAACGUCCUGUUUCCAUCGCAGCUGUCAUUAUUUUAUUUUUUUAUACAAUAUGACUUUACUUGCAUAAAAACAGGAUGGAAACGUGGUUAGUGAGUCCAUGCAACUUAUGUGACUUGUUAAGCACAUUUUUACUCCUGAACUUAUUUAGGCUUGCCAUAAAGGUUUGAAUACUUAUUGACUCAAGACAUUUCAGCUUUUCAUUCUUAAUUAAUUUGCAAAGAUUUCGAAAAAAUAUAAUUCCACUUUGACAUUAUGGGGGUAUUGUGUGUAGGCCAGUGACACAAAAUCUCAAUUGAAUCCAUUUUAAAUGCAGGCUGUAACACAACAAAAUGUGGAAAAAUCAAGGGGUGUGAAUACUUUCUGAAAGCACUGUGCAGUAUGUGUGUGUAUAGGUUCUUGGUAUAUUAAAUGUGUGUAUGUUUCUCCUCAGUGAUCUCCUUCAUGGAGGUGUACAAUAAGAGCCUGUGUCGGCCCAGGGAGCUGCUGGUAGAGAUCCUACAGGAGUACCCAGAGGAGGUAGAACACAUCUUCAUCCCGUCCUGUGUGGUGCUGACACGCUGCGCAGGCUGCUGCAAUGACGAGAUGCUACAGUGUACUCCAACCUCCACGCAUAACGUCACCAUGGAGGUGAGAGACUGAGCGUUUUACAUUUUAACCCUUACACAUCUCAUCACACUUUUAACUCCUACAACCCUACUUCUACAUAUAACGGAGUCUUCACCAAGGAGGUGAGGGACUGACCCCUGACCUUUGACUGUUUAACCCCUAACCUCUUACAUUUUGACUGGCCACCUCCCCAAAAUGGCCCUUUAUAACGGAGGUGAAACUACACUUAACCCCAUACUUCUUUCUCUCUCUGCAAAUUCCUCUGUCCCCCACAUCCCCUCACAACACAGUAACGUCACUAUGGAAGUGAGAGCCCUUAAACUUUAACCUUUAACCCCAUAGCCUCUAACCUCCCCUUAUCCUCACAUACUAUAACAUCACUAUACAGCUGACAGUCCAACACCUCGACCCCCCCCCCCCCCCCCCCCCAAAUCUGUUUAAGGAAUCCCCCCAGCCUCUUUUUGACAAUCCAUAUACCCUUAUACUACACGUGCGUCUCAAGUUAUGUGGGUCUGUAUAUGUAGAUAUAUGAGAGUGUAAACAGUAUAUGUUCUAGUAUAUUUGGGUAUAUGUCCGAGAGCAAGUGAGAAAGGAGAGUCUAUGUGAGUAUGUUUGACCAUUCUAUAUUUGACUCUGACUCUGUCUUCUCCUGUUUCCACAGAUAAAAAGAAUAAAACCCCACAGGCAACAAAAUGAUAUCUUUAUGAGUUUUACAGAACACAAUGCAUGUGAAUGCAGGUAAGAAGUGUUUACGUAUUAUUUUGUACACAUGCUGCACGUAUACACACACACACACACACACACACACACUAUCUAUUCCAGUGUUCUUCUCAGUUCGGGGCAUAUGGAGGUCUUUUCUACAAGGAAUUUAGGGGAAUUGAGAAAAAUAAGAAUACGUUCUGACUUCCAGGUGCCCUCUACCAUCACACUGGUCUGGUCUAGUCCAUCCAGAUCACAUAGUGCAUGCAGAGUCACUUUAAACCCUUGGGUCCCCAGACUGCAACAGCCUCUAGCCCUUGACAUGCUGCAGGUCACAGAAAAGUCACACUGCAUGAACCACGUAUCAGCGUUUUCAUUUAACACCAUAGCUGUUCAUUUAUAAAAAAAUAAAAAAAAUGUUAUGAAGAUUUCUAUCUUACUCGUAGAGGCUACGUUCAGUGUGUAGCAUUUCCACCUUUUCAUAACCUGCAUAUAAGCUGCUCAUAAACCAUUAAAGGGAUAGUGCAAGAUAUUUGGCAAUCAAGCCGUUUUCAGUCAGUAGAAUUCAUGGAUAACAUUUUUAUAUCGAUGCAGUUUGAAGGAAGUUGAAGGUAGUUUCACAAGCCAUUGCUAACUAGAUUUAGCGUAAUAACUGGAGGUCUACAGGAAUUAUCACCAUUUUGAAGCUAAAUGUAUAAUUAUUUAAAAUAUAUACAACACAUUUCCACCAACAGGUUUCUGUGCCAAUGCACCAUACAACCAAUAAGCAAAGCAUAACUGUAUACCGAUUACCAACUUCGGGCUCUUCAACAUCAUGGUUUGCGUUUUCAACACCACAAUCAAAUAGUGUGUCAAUCUCGACAAACAGAAAAUACAGUGCAUUCAGAAAGUAUUCAGACUCCUUGACUUUUUCCACAUUUUGUUACGUUACAUCCUUAUUCUAAAAUGGAUUAAAUUGUUUUUUCCCCUCAUCAAUUUACACACAAUACCCCAUAAUGACAAAGCAAAAACAGGUUUAUAGAUUUUUUUUUUGUUGCAAAAAACCAAAACAACAAUGUUUACAUAAGUAUUCAGACCCUUUACUCAGUACUUUGUUGAAGCACCUUUGGCAGCGAUUACAGCCUCGAGUCUUCUUGGGUAUGACGCUACAAACUUGGCACACCUGUAUUUGGGGAGUUUCUCCCAUUCUUCUCUACAGAUCCUCUCAAGCUCUGUCAGGUUGGAUGGGGAGCGUUGCUGCACAGCUAUUUUCAGGUCUCUCCAGAGAUGUUAGAUCGGGUUCAAGUCCAGGCUCUGGCUGGGCCACUCAAGGACAUUCAGAGACUUGUCCCGAAGCCACUCCUGCGUUGUCUUGGCUGUGUGCUUAGGGUCGUUUUCCUGUUGGAAGGUGAACCGUCGCCCCAGUCUGAGGCUCUGGAGCAGGUUUUCAUCAAGGAUUGUUCUGUACUUUGCUCCGUUCACCUUUCCCUCAAUCCUGAAUAGUCUCCCAGUCCCUGCCGCUGAAAAACGUCCCCACAGCAUGAUGCUGCCACCACCAUGCUUCACUGUAGGGAGGUUUCCUCCAGAUGUGACGCUUGGCAAUCAAUUUUAGAAUAAGGCUGUAACCCGAGUGGCGCAGUGGUCUAAGGCGCCGCAUCGCAGUGCUAGCUGUGUCACUAGAGAUCCUGGUUCGAUUCCAGGCUCCGUCGCGGCCGGCCGCGACCGGGAGACCCAUGGGGCGGCGCACAAUUGGCCCAGUGCCGUCCAGGGUAGGGGAGGGUUUGGCCGGCAGGGAUGUUCUUGUCCUAUCGCGCACUCGUGACUCCUGUGGCGGGCCGGGCGCAGUGCACACUGACUCGGUCGCCAGGUGUACGGUGUUUCCUCCGUCACAUUGCUACGGCUGGCUUCCGGGAUAAGCGGGCACUGUGUCAAGAAGCAGUGUGGCUAGGUUGGGUUGUGUUUCGGAGAACGCACGACUCUCGACCUUCGCCUCUCCCGUGUCCGUACGGGAGUUGCAGUGAUGGGACAAGACGGUAACUACCAAUUGGAUACCACGAAAUUGGGGAGAAAAAGGGGGUAAAAAAAUAAUAAAAAUAAUACGGCUGUAACGUAACAAUGUGGAAAAAGUCAAGGGGUCUGAAUACUUUCCGAAUGCACUGUACAUUCCUCCCUACCUUGUACCUAAGAUCAAUAGGGGAUGUUUUUGUCGUCACUGUUCUUUCAUGCUCAAUCAUGCACCUCUCUGCUGCUUAUCAGCUGUUCCUCUUUGUUCUAAUACACAUUUUCAAACGGUCCCUUGGCAAAUUCCUUCAAACUGCAUGCAGAGACAUAAAAAUGUUAUCCAUGAGUUCAUCUGAACAUUGCCAAAAUCUCGCGUUGUUUGUUAACCAUCAGUAAACCGUUGUAUGUUUUCGCGACUCCAGCUAGUUUAUAAGUAGACUGUAUCGUGUUUUCUUUGUUUUUUUUACAGUUUUCUCCGAACCUAUAAGUACUAUGAAAUGAGAAGUUUCCAAAUUCUUGAGCUCCUGUACCCACUGGAUUAGCUGUGAGCCAGAGGAUUUGUUGCUCCAUAAUCAGUUAUCGCCAAAUGAUCUAUCAAGUUGAGCAACAAAAUAGACAUGACAAUCUGCUAUUGUUAUCAGAUAUUGUGUGUGUGUGUGUGUGUAUAUAUGUGUGCGCCCGUGUGUGUGUGUGUGUGUGUGUGUGUGUGUGUGUGUGUGUGUGUGUGUUUGUUUCAAGGAGAUAAGUCAGGGAGAAAGACAGCCUUGUCAGAGGUAACGAAAGUAUUGUCAUGACUACUUAGGGAUCAGGGAUGGAAAACACUAGAGUAGCAGAGUGCUAUAGGGCCAUCCAAGCUAAUACCUGCCUAUGUCUAUCUGUCCACUGUUGAUGAUUUUUGAAUCCGUUUACGAACAGUGUGGGCUGUGAGAUAACAUCAUGUUUGUUUCUGUCUUUCAGGCCAAAGAAUGAAGUGAAAGAGCAGAGAGAAAAGUGAGUACAGACUCUUCCUGUGUUGUCUGGAACACAAGGGAGGAGGCAUGAUUUGAGGAGACGUUUUUUCUGUCUGUCUUUUUCGCAUUGUCUUUCUCCCGCUAUCUUUCUCCAUCUUCUCUCUCUCUCUUUAUCGCUCUUUCUACUGUGCUCACACGUUUUCAGCAUUUCUCUCUCUCAACCUGUGUGUUACACACAGUAUACAACAAUGUAUCAAAGGAUCACUCACACCACCAUGUUGACACAGAUCCAGUGAUCUUCAUGUAGUUUACGAGUUCACAAAGAAUCACUCCCCUUUUAUCCAUUCUAAUUCCAUGACCUUUUGAGCUAUCAGGUGAGACACACGGGACAACCCCCAGAAUGCUUCAACUCAGGUGAAUGAGUGACACCUGAUGAGGUCAAUGCCCUCUGCACCAGUCAUUUAAUGUAAUUUUCUAUACACCUGUUCCUCUGUUAUGAUCCUCCCUUUACUCUCUAUACAUGUCUUUAAGUAUGUCUCAGGGUUCAUGUCUCUACCUUUGUUUUACAGGCUCCUGUGAUGUGUAGAUAACGUUGUGUUUUUAGAGACCCCCUUUAACCUUUUUUUUUUUAUUAUUUAUUUUUACUGUUUAUGGGUCUGGCUUUAGUGGUUCUGUUGUACAACAAUUUGCCAAAGGAUGUACUAAGGGUCGUUCAACUGCCUUCUCCCCCUCUACAUGGGAUUGUCUAGUUUUCCUAUUGCCUAAUCCUAUGGGAUUACGAGGGUCUUUGGUAGUAUUUAGGUUUUAUAUGUCGGGUAUCCUGCAGUAUAGAUGAGGGGCCUCUUUGGUAGUUAGUCACAGUGGUAAUGUUAAUGAUGCUACAGAAAGGCCUUUGAACAUCAAUGGGCUGGAUCAGUCAUCCUAUGGAAGCUAACUCCAGUCUAGGUUCACCCAAUCGUUGUGCGGAAAUGCUCCUUUCUUGUCACAUUUUGAUAUACAGUACCAGUCAAAAGUUUGGACACACCUACUCGUUGUUGUACUGGAUGCGUCUCAAUCCACCACGUCCGCCAAUGUCGCACUUCCGCAUCUGUGGUGAAAGGUGGCAGUCAAAAGUUUAAACACAUCUACUCAUUCAAGGGUUAUUCUUUAUUUUUACUAUUUUUUACAUUGUAGAAUAAUGGUGAAGACAUCAAAACUAUGAAAUAACACAUGGAAUCAUGUAGUAACCAAAAAAGUGUUAAACAAAUAAUAAAUACAUUUUAUAUUUGAGAUUCUUCAAAUAGCCACCCUUUGCUUUGAUGACGGCUUUGCACACUCUUGGCACUCAACCAGCUUCAUGAGGAAUGCUUUUUCAACAGUCUUGAAGGAGUUCCCACAUAUGCUGAGCACUUGUUGGCUGCUUUUCCUUCACUCUACCGUCCAACUCAUCCCAAACAAUCGGGUGAUUGUGGAGGCCAGGUCAUCUGAUGCAGCACUCCAUCACUCUCCUUGGUAAAAUAGCCCUUACUCAGCCUGGAGGUGUGUUGGGUCGUUGUCCUGUUGAAAAACAAAUGAUAGUCCCACUAAGCCCAAACCAGAUGGGAUGGUGUAUCGCUGCAGAAUGCUGUGGUAGCCAUGCUGAUUAAGUGUGCCUUGAAUUCUAAAUAAAUCACAGACAGUGUCACCAGCAAAGCACCCCCACACCAUAACACCACCUCCUCAAUGCUUUACGGUGGGAACUACACAUGCGGAGAUCAUCCGUUCACCCACACUGCAUCUCACAAAGACACUGCGGUUUGAACCAAAAAUCUCAAAUUUGGACUCCAGACCAAAAGACAUAUUGCCACCGGUGUAAUGUCCAUCGCUCAUGUUUCUUGGCCCCAGCAGGUCUCUUCUUCUUAUUGGUGUCCUUUAGUAGUGGUUUCUUUGCAGCAAUUCGACCAUGAAGACCUGAUUCACACAGUCCCCUCUGAACUGUUGAUGUUGAGAUUUACAUUUACAUUUUCGUCAUUUAGCAGAAGCUCUUAUCCAGAGCGACUUACAGUUAGUGAGUGCAUACAUUUUUCAUACUGGCCCCCCGUGGGAAUCGAACCCACAACCCUGACGUUGCAAGCUCCAUGCUCUACCAACUGAGCUACAGGAGGCCUGAGAUGUGUCUGUUACUUGAACUCUGUGAAGCAUUUAUUUGGGCUGCAAUUUCUGAGGCUGGUAACUCUAAUGAAUUUAUGCUCUGCAGCAGAGGUAACUCUGGGUCUUCCAUUCCUGUGGCGGUCCUCAUGAGAGCUAGUUUCAUCAUAGCGCUUGAUGAUGUUUGCGACUGCACUUGAAGAAACUUUCAUGUCUUAAAGUAAUGAUGGACUGUCGUUUCUCUUUGCUUAUUUGAGCUGUUCUUGUCAUACUAUGGACUUGGUCUUUUACCAAAUAGGGCAAUCUUCUGUAUACCCCCCUACCUUGUCACAACACAACUGAUUGUCUCAAACGCAUUAAGAAGGAAAGAAAUUCCACAAAUUAACUUUUAACAAGGCACACCUGAAAUGCAUUCCAGGUGACUACCUCAUGAAGCUGGUUGAGAGAAUGCCAAGAGUGUGCAAAGCUGUCAUCAAGGCAAAGAGUGGCUAUUUGAAGAAUCUCAAAUAUAAAAUAUAUUUUGAUUUGUUGAAUACUUUUUUGGUUACUACAGGAUUCCAUAUGUGUUAUUUCAUAGUUUUGAUGUCUUCACUAUUAUUCUACAAUGUAGAGAAAAUAGUAAAAAAUAAAGAAACCCUGGAAUGAGUAGGUGUGUCCAAACUUUUGACUGGUAGUGUAUAUACCCUGCAGCUGUGAAAUCUACUGGAAGUGCAUACACUACCUGAAGCACAUUGUACUGUUAUCUCAAACAAGUUAAAUCAGCGAGCUCGGCUGGCCCUCAUGGUCCAGUAUUUAUUUGAAAAUGUUAAGAGUAGCCGAGGGAGUGUUUGGGCCAAAAAGAAAUGCUUCCACAGCCAAACUUAAAUAUGAAACUUGUGAAACCCUUUCUUUCUGGUGUAAGAAUGUCUCGAAGCCAGUGUUCUUUUGUUCGUUUAUUUUCUCAGAAAGUUAACAAUGUCUCAACCUCUCAAUUUAUUAAGAACUCUGUUCAGUUUAUUUGUCCCCUGUCCCCCCUCCUCCUCAGAUGUCUCUGCGUUAUUGUGCUUCUUUCUCUUUUUCCAGAAAACCCCGGAAAGGCAAGGGCAAAGGCCAAAAGCGAAAGAAAAAACGUGACAAAAAGAAUCGCGAAGCGUAUGUCCGCUCGGCCUUCUCCUCUCCCCACCUGCACCUGACUGUGGCGAUUCUGAUCAUUAAGCUUGUUUGGGAGGAGUUAAUUUGCCCCUUUUAAUUAAUUUGCUCUCUCCCUAUUCACCGCUCCGCCCAAUACCACCACCACUCAAUCCCACCACACACAUCAAUUGGCAUGAGGCUUUUCUGAAACUCCACCGGAGUAGAUAGAAGUCGUCCCUAAAUAAUAAAUAACAUCUGAUCCUAGAUCUAUGGUUAGGGGUGACUUCUACCUCAAAUCACCACACCUCACGCGAUUCACCCAUAACCCUGCCUCCUUACCUCACUACCACCCCCACCCCCCUGGUGAUAAGGCUGGGGGAGAAGGAAUGGAGUGAUAGGGUAAUGGUAACAGAACUGAACCUACCAGCAUGGCUUUUUGCAGGCGAUCUCACUAAUCCAGUAUCUGUUGUGGGAAUCAUCCAAGGCCUAUGUCAGUGUUGAGUCUGUCUUACUUUUCUGUGUCUCGCACUUGUCCUUUUUCCCCUUUUAUUUUUUAGUGUUUCUUUUGAUCCCUCCAAACAGGUUUUUUCUGUUCUGUCCGCCAUCACUGGGCUUUGUUUGCAAUUUGAGGAUACGAGAGAUGGCUAUCACAUUGUUGUUUCUUUCUUGGUUAUGUAAACCAACAAAUUGUUUAGCCCGUUCUGUUUGUGUGUUCUCUUUGUUGCCUCCAUGGAUCUGAACAACACAAAGAACACAUUAUGUUUUGUUUGGUGCUGUUUUCAACGGAAAGAGGUGUUCAUGUUUCUGAAAUGGUCUUAAUGUCAAAGAAUAGAGUUGUUCUGUUCGUUGUGCUGUGCCUUUAGUUCUCAAUGGAAUGUCUGUCUGUCGUCCCCCAUACUCUGUGAAAAUGGUUUAACCCCUCUGUGUGGAAACGGAAUGGUACAGUCUCUAUUGUUGUUCUGUCAUUUAAACCAGAUCUACAGUGUCAUGCAAAAGUAUUCAUCCCCCUUGGCGUUUUUCCUAUUUUAUUGCAUUACAACCUGUAAUUUUAAAUGGAUUUUGAUUUUGAUUUCAUGUAAUGGACAUACACAAAAUAGUCCAAAUUGGUGAAAUGAAAAAAAAUACUUGUUUCAAAUAAUUCUAAAAAAAUAAAUAACGGAAAAGUGGUGCGUGCAUAUGUAUUCACCCCCUUAGCUAUGAAGCCCCUACAUAAGACCUGGUGCAACCAAUUACCUUCAGACGUCACAUAAUUAGUUAAAUAAAGUCCACAUGUGUGCAAUCUAAGUGUUAAAUUAGUUAGAUUGCACACAGGUGGACUUUAUUUAAGCAUCACAUAAUCUCAGUAUGUAUACACCUGUUCUGAAAAGCCCCAGAGUCUGCAACACCACUAAGCAAGGGGCACCACUAAGCAAGCGGCACCAUGAAGACGAAGGAGCUCUCCAAACAGGUCAGGGACAAAGUUGUGGAGAAGUACAGAUCAGGGUUGGGUUAUAAAAAAAUAUCAGAAACUAUGAACAUCCCACGGAGCACCAUUAAAUCCAUUAUAAAAAAAUGGAAAGGAUAUGGCACCACAACAAACCUGCCAAAAGAGGGCCGCCACCCAAAACUCACGGACCAGGCAAGGAGGGCAUUAAUCAGAGAAGCAACAAAGAGACCAAAGAUAACCCUGAAGGAGCUGCAAUGCUCCACAGCGGAGAUUGGAGUAUCUGUCCAUAGGACCACUUUAAGCCGUACACUCCACAGAGCUGGGCUUUACGGAAGAGUGGCCAGAAAAAAGCCAUUGCUUAAAGAACAAAAAUAAGCAAACACGUUUGGUGUUCGCCAAAGCCAUGUAGGAGACUCCCCAAACAUAUGGAAGAAAGUACUCUGGUCAGAUGAGACUAAAAUUGAGCUUUUUGGCCAUCAAGGAAACCGCUAUGCCUGGCACAAACCCAACACCUCUCAUCACCCCGAGAACAGCAUCCCCACAGUGAAGCAUGGUGGUGGCAGCAUCAUGCUGUGGGGAUGUUUUUCAUCGGCAGGGACUGGGAAACUGGUCAGAAUUGAAGGAAUGAUGGAUGGCGCUAAAUACAGGGAAAUUCUUGAGGGAAACCUGUUUCAGUCUUCCAGAGAUUUGAGACUGGGACGGAGGUUCACCUUCCAGCAGGACAAUGACCCUAAGCAUACUGCUAAAGUAACACUCGAGUGGUUUAAGGGGAAACAUUUUAAAUGUCUUGGAAUGGCCUAGUCAAAGCCCAGACCUCAAUCCAAUUGAGAAUCUGUGGUAUGACUUAAAGAUUGCUGUACACCAGCGGAACCCAUCCAACUUGAAGGAGCUGGAGCAGUUUUGCCUUGAAUAAUGGGCAAAAAUCCCAGUGGCUAGAUGUGCCAAGCUUAUAGAGACAUACCCCAAGAGAUUUGCAGGUGUAAUUGCUGCAAAAGGGGGCUCUACAAAGUAUUGAAUAGUUAUGCACACUCAAGUUUUCUGUUUUUUUGUCUUAUUUAUUUUGCAUCUUCAAAGUGGUAGGCAUGUUGUGUAAAUCAAAUGAUACAAACCCCCCAAAAAUCUAUUUUAAUUCCAGGUUGUAAGGCAACAAAAUAGGAAAAAUGCCGAGGGGGGGGGGUGAAUACUUUCGCAAGCCACUGUAUCUUCUGGUAUCUACUGGUUGUCUAUCUGAUCUGUGUCUAUAAGGGAAAACAUUUACUUUUUAAUAUUUUAAUUAAAUAAAAACUCAUCCUGUAUCUUUACGCACAAAGCAGACCUCUGAGUUUUAUUUGAUUAUGUAAAAAUAGAGUUUAGGGAUGAGUUGAUUUUGACAAUGUUUUGUGUUGUAAGCCUCACGUCCCUUGCCAAAGCUAGCUGGUGCAUGUCUAACCGAAACAAUGCAUACUGUACGUGGGCAAGCCAAUCAUCCUAAAAAUCACUCCCCCCUACGAGACAGUAGGAGGUGGUCUCCCUGCCAGCAUGGGCUGAGUCGUGAGCCAGGAGACGGGGGAGAGAGAGGGCGAAGGGUUUGGGGGUAAUUUUGCUGUUUGCAAAGUGUCUGUUUUUGUACAACCCUCUGGUCACAUGCUACAAUUCAUCCUCUUUUACCCACCCACACAUACUGCACAUUGACACAUACAGCACAUUCACACAUAGGUCAGGGACAUUAGGAGUGUGAAGUUGCAGCAUGUGAUAAGAGAGUUGACCUUAAGGAAACGACCUUGGAAGUGUUUUUCUGUUAACACCAUUAUAAUAAAUAUCCUCCCUCUCUUUUUCUCUUCCUCCUCUUUCCCCUUCUUCAUCCUUCCCCUUCUCAUUUCCUCUCCUCUCUCUCUCUGUCUUUUAUAUUAUACUAUAGUCAGUGUGAGCCAUGUUGUGAUGGCUGUUCAGAGAGGAGAAAGCGGUUGUUCAUCCAGGACCCUCUAACCUGCCAGUGUUCCUGCAGAAACUCUGACGCCGACUGCAGGGCACGUCACCUGGAGCUCAACGAGCGGACCUGCAGGUGUGUGGGGGACUCUUGGACUCAUAACUCCGUAUGGUAACCAAGAUGGUGUUUGGUGGCAUUUCUUGACCACAUUAAGGCAUACCAUUAGCCAAGAACCUGACCAAGACAUUGGCGCUAAGACCACGAAUGUGUCAUACGAUUCUGUUUAAUGCCUGUCUUCUCUGUGAUCCCCAGAUGUGACAAGCCCAGGAGAUGAGAGUCCAAGCUUCAGAUGAAACAACGUGAAGGAAUAUUCCCAAGAUAUUUCACAGCACUUUCAACUCUGAGCUUAUCUUCUCAGUGGAAAGCAUUCCCCUGGUCUGACUGAGAAACAGCAGAUAGAAAAGAGAGGGAGAGAGAAAGAAAGAAAGAAAUAAUAGAAAAUAAUCCCAAUGUAUCUGUAUAUACUAAGAGAGAGAGAGAAAGAAAAAGUACAGGAUUUGUAUUGCUGCUAAAAGAACUAACUAAAACCCAUCACUAUAAAAAAGCAAACAGUCAUGUGGUUUGCAUUUCGCUGGCGUUUGACUGGACUGCGGUUUUGUUGUUGAUUCAUUUAUGCAAAUACUUCACUGGAUAUAUAUAUGAGUGUACUGUGGUUAUGUGUCGAAUCAUAAGGAACAAAACCUAGCUAUGUGGUACAUAUCUCCACAGAAAAUAAAAGAAGAUGAAGGAAGAACAUUCUUCCUCUGAAACAUACUUCCUGACCCAUAGACUCCCUUUGCAGGAACCCAAUGGCAGGACAGCCAAUGGGAGAUGGGGAUCCGUCCCUUUAUGACAUCACUUCCUUUACCUUAAAGGAAGUUCUAGAACUGAUGCGUGGAACGUGUGGAAAGCUAGAACUGCGUCUUUUGCUGCCCUAGCUAGCAGUGGAACUAGAUUUGGAGUGCCAUAAUACUUCUAAAGGGAUACUGGUGAUUGAUUUUGGUAUAUAUGGAAACCACUAGAAACAACUGAUACUGUAGCUUGAUUCCAUUGAGAAACUGUGCCUCACAAACUGUGCUAAUCACUUUAGAGUGAGAAAUCCUGAAUUAGCUUCUUAAAUUAUUAUUUUUUCUUUUUUUUGAAGGGGAGGGGGAUGGUAUGCUGUCUGCGGUUGAACUCAAUACAGAAUGCAAUAGUAUCGAUGGCAAGCUGUCUGUAUAUACUAUACAUACUUAAUAUCCCUU